UAGGAGAGAGAGCUGGAGAGUAACAUUGGCCAAGCUGAAACAAGAGUUUUAAACGAGUGAUGGAAUAGUUUUCCCAGCAUUUUGAAAAGUGUAAGAGCGUCCACCUGGGGGAGAAAAAGACAGCUACAGACCCCAGGGUCUCCUUUCUGCUCUCUCUCCCCCAAUUCCCAGCACUAACCCCUCCUCCCCAUAGAGGUAGAGGAGGGUGGUGGGAGGGGAAGGGGAAGGGGCAGGGAUGGGUUUGCGCAGUGUUGACCUCCUCAUCAAGCUGCAGAUCCUGCCGGGUUUCUUCUCCAGCUGCCUGUUCCUGGCCGUGUACGAUUCGGUGGUACUGCUGAAGCAGGCAGUGUCCCGCCUGAGCGGUCCAGCAGCUGGAGAUGGAGUGCCCCGCAUGCUGACGGUGGAGGGGAUGCAGACGGUGUGGAGGAGCUUCCUGCUGGAUGCCGCCAAGCCGGUGAGGCCGGGGGGCCAGGCCCCCAACCCCCGGGUGGUGAGGCUGGGCGAGCGGCAAGGUGAGGCGGAGCGGCUGCAGAGGGUGGGAGGCCUGGCGGAGUGCCGCCUGCUGGAUUUUGCCAGCCCUGGGCGACCCUUGGUGGUCAACUUCGGCUCGGCCACCUGACCCCCCUUCGUGGCCAGCCUGCCAGCUUUCUGCCGCACGGCGGAGGAGUACCAGGCUGGCGCUGACUUCCUGCUGGUCUACAUCGAUGAAGCUCACCCCUCAGACGGCUGGGCUGCCACCUCGCCCUUCCAGCUGCCCCGUCAUCGCACCCUGGCCGAGAGGUGUUCCGCCGCUAGCCUCCUCCUCCGGCACUUCCCGGUGCCCCCCCAGUGCCCGGUGGUAGCCGACUGCAUGGACAACGAAAGCAACGUGGCGUACGGCGUCUCCUUCGAGAGGUUCUGCAUCGUGCAGGACCAGAAGAUUGUGUACUUGGGGGGCAAGGGGCCCUUCUUCUACAGCCUGGCAGGGGUCAGGGCAUGGCUUGAGCAACACCGUCUGAAACAGGGGGCAAAGGUUGGCAGCGAUGCCCCCCACGACCUCCCGGCUCCCAUUCCAGCUGCUACCCACAGCCCUCAACUGGACGUAUAACAUCCUGGGAGUGAUCUGAAGAAGAAUCACUGAAGAUAUCCAACACCAAUGAAGCCAUUUCAGCCAUUACCAGAUGCCAACCAUUCACCACCAUGUCCUUCUCUCCUUAGAUGCUGCUGAGCUUCUCUCCGCCUGAUUCCGAUGUCCGGCCAAAGCCACCGUGUUUUGCUUUGUUUCCCCUGUGCCUGGCAGUGCUUCCAGUCGCUCCUCUGCCCAGUUCAAUGGGCAGACCUAUCACUGCCAAGGGGCACCGAACACUGGGCCAUAAAUACCAACAUAUUCUGGCAGCUUUCGCAACCCGAGAUUAAAUUUUGUGUUUUACGAAAAGCAUCAAGACAAGCAAGAGAACCUUACCCCCUCGCCCGCCUUCAGGUUACACAAAAGCCACGUUAAAAACCACCAUGAGCGGUCUCUUUCCAAGUGAUUAAAAAGACUGAAUUGAACAAGAAAGUCUUUCUUCUGGACAGAGACUGUUUUGUUUAAUUACCGUGGGACUGCUUUCAAAAUAUCCUCCAGGUUUUCCAUGUUGAUUUUAUGUUUAGAAAGUAAUUUAUUUGUUUUAGUUGAAUUCUGUAGCGCUCUCAAAUGUUUGCAGGUCUAACUCAGUUCUUUUGCCAUCGUUCUCUGUGCGUUUUCAUCAGUGUGCAGAAAAUUGCAUGUUACAUCAGCUUCGUCCUGUCUUAUAGUUCAGAAGAGGAGUCCAGAAGGACUCGAAACAUUUAACUUUGUCUGUCUGUCUGUCUCUCUCUCUCUCUCCACAGAUGCUGCCAGACCUGUUGAGUUUCUCUCUGUGUUUGCUUUCGUUUUCCAGCACCUGUGGAAUUCUGCCUCUCUGUUCUAAGUUAUUGAGUUCCUGGGUCCACCUGCAGCAACCGAUGAGGCCAGGCUGGGGAGGGAGUGCGUGUGCAGAAUGAAGAUAACUGACCAAAGAGUCCUGCACUCAGUCAGUAUUCGGAAGAGGAAGCAGCACUGCCCACUCCCAUUGUGGAAGAAUGUGGAAGGAGUCUGACUGUCUGCCUUGGAAUUAUUUAUAUAGAUAGAUAGAUAGAUAGAAUCAACUUGUGGUGCUAUGCAGUGUGCACUUUUAUCUGUGUUAUAAUAAAAGGUUUUGUAGCUGA